UGGGAUACUUGGAGGGGAAGCGAAAGCGUCUAGAAAGAGGCGUGGCUUAUCUGCAUAUUAAGCAGCUCUCGCCUCCGGUUGCCGCAGCAACGCCGCGAUUAUUGGUCAAGGCAGGCGGUAAUUUUGCGCGCGGGGGCGGGCCUAUGCUAAUCAGGCUGUGUAGAAAGAGGAGGCCGGGGCUUGUGUAAGAUGGCGUCGGAGCGCAGUCGCUCCCCGAUGGGGGGCUCGCCGGUGCCGGCCUCCAUGUUCGCCCCGGAGCCGAUGAAGGACGGCGGGGAGUCGGCGGAGGCUUCCUCCGGGCCUCACCGCGGAGGCCUUGAUGGUGGCGAGGACGGCGAGAUGCUGAACGGGGAGCCGGAGCUGGAUCUGACCAGCAAGCUAGUAAUGGUGAGCCCGACAUCGGAACAAUACGAUAGCUUACUCCGUCAGAUGUGGGAGAGGAUGGAUGAAGGUUGUGGAGAGACCAUCUAUAUCAUUGGACAAGGAUCAGAUGGGACUGAGUAUGGGCUCAGUGAUGCAGACAUGGAAGCUUCAUAUGCAACCGUGAAGAGCAUGGCAGAGCAAAUUGAUGCAGAUGUAAUCCUCUUGCGGGAACACCAAGAGGCGGGAGGCAAAGUGCGUGAUUACUUGGUUCGGAAGCGUGUGGGUGACAACGAUUUCUUGGAGGUCAGGGUAGCAGUGGUUGGCAAUGUGGAUGCUGGGAAGAGCACUCUGCUGGGUGUCCUCACCCAUGGUGAGCUGGACAAUGGACGUGGUUUUGCUCGGCAGAAGCUUUUUCGCCAUAAGCAUGAGAUUGAAUCGGGCCGUACCAGCAGUGUGGGCAAUGACAUCUUGGGCUUUGACAGUGAGGGCAAUGUUGUGAACAAGCCCGACAGCCACGGUGGAAGUUUGGAGUGGACUAAGAUUUGCGAGAAAUCCACAAAGGUCAUCACUUUCAUUGAUCUGGCUGGACAUGAGAAGUACCUGAAGACUACUGUCUUUGGCAUGACUGGGCAUCUACCUGAUUUUUGUAUGCUGAUGGUGGGUAGCAAUGCUGGGAUUGUUGGGAUGACCAAGGAGCACCUGGGCCUGGCAUUGGCACUCAAUGUCCCAGUCUUUGUGGUGGUGACCAAGAUUGACAUGUGUCCUGCCAAUAUUCUCCAAGAAACCCUGAAGCUGUUGCAGCGAUUACUGAAGUCUCCAGGAUGCCGGAAGAUCCCUGUGCUGGUCCAGAGCAAGGAUGAUGUUAUUGUGACUGCCUCCAACUUCAGCUCAGAAAGGAUGUGCCCAAUAUUCCAGAUUUCUAAUGUCACUGGUGAGAACCUGGAAUUACUUAAGAUGUUUCUGAAUCUUCUGUCUCCAAGGACCAGUUACAGGGAAGAGGAGCCUGCAGAAUUCCAAAUAGAUGACACUUACUCUGUUCCAGGAGUUGGGACAGUGGUGUCUGGGACAACCCUAAGAGGCCUGAUCAAGUUAAAUGACACCUUACUUCUUGGCCCAGACCCACUGGGCAACUUUUUACCCAUUGCUGUGAAGUCCAUCCACCGCAAACGCAUGCCAGUCAAAGAGGUGCGGGGAGGCCAGACUGCUUCCUUUGCUCUGAAAAAGAUAAAGCGCUCCUCUAUCCGGAAAGGCAUGGUGAUGGUUUCCCCUCGGUUGAAUCCACAAGCUUCUUGGGAAUUUGAAGCAGAGAUUCUAGUGCUGCAUCACCCAACCACUAUCAGUCCUCGUUAUCAGGCAAUGGUGCAUUGUGGCAGCAUCCGCCAAACGGCUACUAUCCUUAGCAUGGAUAAAGAUUGCCUGCGCACAGGUGACAAGGCAACUGUUCAUUUCCGCUUCAUCAAGACCCCGGAGUACCUGCACAUAGACCAGCGGCUGGUUUUCCGUGAGGGGCGGACCAAAGCUGUGGGUACUAUCACCAAGUUACUACAGACCACAAAUAACUCUCCAAUGAACUCCAAGCCCCAGCAGAUCAAGAUGCAGUCGACAAAAAAAGGCCCCCUGACCAAGCGAGAGGAAGGGGGAGCCCAAGCUGGCAUGGCAGCAAUGACUCCCACAGUGGCAGAAGAGGCAAUUUCAGUGGCAGCAGUCCCAUCAGCCUCAUCUAGUGCCCAACAACCCCAGCCUGCACUGGAGGAGGAGUCCCACAACCGGGAGGGCAAUAAGGCAAAGGCUGGAGGAGGUGGCCGGCGACGUGGGGGCCAGCGCCAUAAAGUGAAAGCUCAAGGGGCUAUCAUGACUCCUGCUGGUGGCUGCUGAACGUCUUUAUUUCAUCACUGAGGAAUUCAUCCCCCCUUCUCUCCAUUUCAUCAAUCCAAAAAGCCCAGAGCAGCAUAACCAAAAUCCCAGCUGAUUGGCUGCUUUGGACCUCUCUUCUUCCCUUCCUGGAGAAUGACUGAGGAAUUGGAAAAGGAGGGGGGUAGGUUGUGACUUAAGCUAGUGAAGGUGACAAAGCACACAUGGGACUGACCACCUUCAGAGACCUGCCGCCUUCUCUUCCCUUGAUCCCCAAAACAUUUUGUACAUCGUGAGCUCUUAGUCAUGAUUUUUAUUAGUUUUUAUUAUGGCGUGUGUGUGUAUGUUUGUGGGUGUGUGUUCAUAUGAAGAAUCAGGAGAAUCUAGGUAUACAAAAAAAGGUACCUACCUCCUUCUCUCUUUUUACCACACCCCAUUUUUUAAAAAAAACAAAAAAAAAAACUAAGCCUGUGUCUUGUUCAUUAGGGAUUCUGCAACUCUCAGCCCUUUAAGAGUAUAAGUGUGCCAGUUGUUUGGGAUGUGACCAUUCCUUCCUUCUGGCACCAGAGUAGUUCUACAGGAGUGCCAGGCCUCCCUUGUUAUAAUGUAGCAAUGGCUGUGAUGGGUUAAUUGGCAUGAAGGAUAUCCCUCAAAGAUGCAUCCUCCCCUGGUUUGCAUUAAAAUGAGAUUCUAGAUCUUCAAAGUCCAUUACAAAGUCGUGACCACAAAAACACUCCUUUCUCUUGUCUUAAUGAUAAAGCUGGUGGCUUCUAACAGUCCCUGUUAAUUUUGCACAGCCCUUUUUCAAACUUGUGUUCAAAAUGUUAAAAAAACCCAUUUCUUGCAAAGCCAGUUAAGGAAUGCUCCAUGGAGACUGCAUCUGGAUUUGAAGUUAGCUAAGGCUGGCAUCCUUUUAGUGACAUAUGUAUGCACAAAUGUAACAUAUGUGCAUGUAAGGCCCUUUUUGGGUGUGGUUCAGAGGACUAUCCACUUGCCUUUGCAUUCCAUCAAAAAACUUCCCACACUUAAGGCCCCUGACUAUUCUGAGCUGGAUGAAGGAAAAGGCAGCUGCACUCUGUUUGAGAGCACACCUGCAUUUCUUUCUCCUCCCAGCCAAACUAAGAGCAGCUGCUUCUCCAUGAACUGCAUGUGGAGCUAUGUGUAGAGUAGGAUCUCAGCUUAUGUCUUCAUAAUAGAGUGGGGUGUAAAGACAGUGCAAUUUGGUUUCUGGCUUUGAGAGACUUGCUGAUUUCAUUUCCAUGGCUUCCAAAUGCUCAAGGACAGGCACUGUCAGUGAUGUCUGCUGUCUGUACAGGGCUUGAAAAAGUUACUUUGGGUUACAUCUCCCAGAUGCACCCACAGCCAGCAUGGAUACUGGAGGUAAUAGGAAUUCUAGUUCAAAAAAUUAAUGUUUUCUAGCUCUUUCCCUACAUACUUUGUAAAAGCAAGAACACACCACUCUCUUCACAUUUGGUAAAUCACUGAGCACUUACAGUGUUAAAAGGCCAGAUUGUCUCCCAUCUCCCCCCUCCGCUUGUUUCAUUCCCUCCUGAGAAUGUUAACUGUGCCAUGGCAGUCAUAAAUGUUUUGCCUUUUACAGAGACAACCUGAGGUUUGCUGAACCUGGUUUUGAGCUUUGCUUUCCGAUUUGGAUAUGUAUUUGUGAUUUUUAUAACUUUGAUAGAAGUUGUUUGCUGUGUCUGUUUGAGGCACUCAUUCUGACUUGACUUCUUUUAACUGGCAUCAUGUUGUUGCUUUAAAAGAAGAAGACCAGGCCACAAAAUUUGUAAUUUAAAAAAAAAAUCCCUCCAUUGCUCUCUGAUUUUCUCUAUCCUGACAAACGUUUUUGAAUGAGUUCCUUGAAGGUUAAAUUGAACGUUAAAAAGGAAAUAGUUGUGUUUUAUGCCAGAGUACUUCAAGCUGGUGCUCUUGGCUGGGUUGAAUGAUAUCCUCAUCACCCAAACUGACAUGCUCAUUGGAGUGACAGGAGCUGUGGUCCAACCUCAUCUGAAAGGCACCAUGUUAGGGAAGACAGUUUAACACAGAUCUUAGAAACUUACCUUUUUGGACUACAACCUUCAGAAUCCCUCAGUCCACACAGCCACUGGCCAUGCUGGUUGAGGAAUUCAGGAAGCUUCAAUCCAAAAAGAAAAUGGCUGAGAUCCUGCAUUGCAUUCAUAGCCACAUAAAUGUAGCUACGAUUGACCUAAUGACUCAAUCCCCCAAAUAGGGACAUAGCCAAAGGGGGGGGUUCUUCCAUUAGAAAAAUGAAUGGUGUGUGCUGCUGCGCCGCCGCACCUAAGCCCCAUUAUAAUGGUGGCACUUAGUCUGGCCCCCCUUCCUAAAAUCCUAGCUACGUCCCUGCUCCAAACCCUCCUUCAACUCCAAGAAGAUGUGCCAAGUGAUAGAAGUCUGUGGUCCAGUCAAGUGGGGUCCUUCAUAAUGUGGUAUGCUUUGAGGUUGAGGGGGCUGGUUGUGUCAUCAUAAAAAAUGUAAGUGGAGAAUAUGUGACUGGCUACAGACCUCCAUCACUCAGAGCAGCUUCCUGGAGUUUAAGGUGGGUUUUGGGGGGCAUUCAUGAUCAUAUAUCAUGAUUGUGAAUAUAGAGCAGUUACAGGUCCUUAACUCUAGGUUAUGAAUUUACAACCGCAAUGCAGGAUUCCAGCCAGUGUUUCUGAGCCCUAGUUUGAAGUCUGCUGGACAUGAUCUGUGGCAGCUACAGUAUUAAUAGCACCUUCAGAGGAGGACAAUAUAAAGUGGCUAAAGCAAGAUGGAAACCUGCUCCAUUCGAUGCCACUGGUGCUAUAGUGACAUCAAGAAGUACACGAGUCUCAUUGCCUUCACUUUCCCAGGGAAUGCAAGACCUGCGUGGUAUACUUUCCCCCACUCUUUUUAUCCUUUUAUUCCUUAGUUCUGAAAGGAAUGGGCAGUGCUGAAAAGUUCCUUUUAAAAAACUUUUUUUAAAAAUCACACAGUACUGUGUUUUUAUUUUGUGACCAGCAUUUAAGGACUACUGAGGCUGGCAUGGUGUAAAAAAAAAAAAGACAGAAAAAUAAAAGAGAGGUUUCUUAAAAAUGUCAAAA